AUGUGUGACGAUUGGAAGAAGUUGAAUAGCGCGGAGGAAUAUGAAAUUAUGAAAAAGUAUGCCACGAACGCAAGAUUGAUUACUGUGGUUAGGUUACUGUAUGGCGAAAUUAAUGAAAUGUUGAGGUACCUGGCGUCUAUCCUUGCUCAGGUGAUACAUACGUUCUGCUUUAGUAUACAAGGACAGAGAUUGAUUGACCACAGCUUGCAAUUAAACGACAAAAUAUACAAUUCUUCUUGGUAUGAAAUACCUGCGGAAUCACGAAAGCUGCUUCUGUUCGUGAUGCGAAGGAACACGCAACCCUGUUUUUUGAGCGCUGGCAAGAUUUAUGUCUUCUCUCUGAAGAGCUUCUCCACAGUAAUGCAGUCUUCGGUUUCGUAUUUUACUGUACUUGCAUCCUUCCAAUGA